GGACUAUAAAGCGUCUGCUUCCGACCUCAUCCAGCACACCUCAGCUGAAGAGCAUUACUACCGGCAGCAGAGGCACCCGCUUCAGAAAGACAAGAAGCCAUGUCAAAGAGCGUUGCAGUUAUUCUCUCGGGUUGCGGAGUCUACGAUGGCACAGAGAUCCACGAGGCCUCUGCUGUCCUCGUGCAUCUGAGUCGAGCUGGAGCCAAAGUGAAGAUGUUCGCUCCGAAUUCCGCUCAGAUGCAUGUUGUAAAUCAUUGUGAGGGUAAACCUACCGAGGAGGAAAGAAACAUCCUGCAGGAGAGCGCCCGCAUCGCCAGGGGCGACGUGGCCGAUCUGGCCAAGUUGGAUGUGUCUGCAUUUGAUGCCGUCAUCAUCCCAGGGGGCUUUGGCGUGGCGAAGAACCUGAGUGACUGGGCAGUGAAGAACAAGGAGUUCACCGUCCAGCCUCAGUUGGAGAAGAUCAUCAAGGCCUUCCAUAAAGCCGGCAAGCCGCUGGGCAUGUGCUGCAUCGCCUCCGUCCUCGCUGCCAAAAUCCUGCCUGGCUGCGAGCUCACUGUGGGAGCGGACAAAGAGAGCGACAUGUGGCCGUACGCUCAGACGGCGUGCGCCAUGAAGGAGAUGGGCUGCAAACACGUCAACACGGACGUGGAGAAGGCGCACGUUGAUGUCAAAAAUAAACUGGUCACUACCUCCGCGUUCAUGUGCAAAGCUCCCGUUCAUCACGUUUUUGAUGGCAUUGGAGUCAUGGUUAACGAGACCCUGAAACUGGCUUAAGUCUCCCAUGAUGUACUGAUGUUUGUAUUCACUGCGACUAAUUAAUGUGUCUGCGCACCCAUGUUUAACAUGAUCUUGUGAGACAAUUGUUCUAAUGUAUUGUCAAUGUGUGUGUUUUCAAUAAACUACAAAAGAAAAUU